AUGGAUCCCUUCGAAGUAAGGAUGCAGUUCCUUACGCUCCUGCGCCGGCUAAAUGCUUCGCAGCAAAGCAUUCAAAAGGUCGUUAGCUUCGCGCUCAAGUACUUCCCCCGCUGUGGCGAAGACAUAUGGGAUUGCGUCGUCGAGGAGUGCGGCAAGGGUACAGUGAACGAUCGUAUCAACAUCCUCUACUUUCUCGACUCGCUAUGCGAGUCCAGUUUGCUAGCCAAAUCGCACCCUGCCACGAGCGCAUUCCAGGCGACACAAGAAGGCGGCAACAGCUCGUUCUACGUCCCGUUCGUCGCGCGCGACUUGCAGAAGAUAGUGGAAUCCGUCGUGCCAGAGGGUCGCCAUGGCUUACCCAACCUUAUGAGCACCAUACAGAUAUUGGAGAACUGGCGGACCAAACGUAUUAUCGACCCUCAAAAGGUAGAGGAGAUCGUCGCGUCUCUAGAAGCACGCAAGGUUGCGCAGACGCCCGCCGCUGCACCGGUCCCCUCAUUAUCACGGCCGGAAAUUGUUAAACGGAUCGAAGAGGACCGAGAACGCCACAAACGCCUACGUGAGCGCCGCUGGGUCCAGCCUAUCUCGCAUCAUCCACACGCCGCGAUGUUGCCCCCUCCUUUGGCCUCUUUCCUCCCUCUGGAUGAGCACGACGAAGGCUGGCGACCGAACGAAGAACUCACGCUCGAUAUCGAAUUCGAAAACGAGUGGGAGACGACCAGCGACUGGAACGAGGACGACGACGAAGCUGUGUCUGAGGAGACCGAGUUGUGUUUCCCGGAUCAAAAGGAGUGGCCGCGGCCAACGGACGGGGAGAAGGCGAUGGACCUCGGGUGA